UACUUGCCAACUGCUAAUGGUAUUUAAAUAGGUUUACAGCAGUGUUAAUUAUGUUAUGUGUAGAAUAUAACGCAUUCCAUGUAACAUUUACUUUUAACAAUACAUCGUUUUUUCAUAUCAAACAAAGCUGUUCUUUGGUAAACUAGGAAGGUAAUAAACAUUGAAAAUAUUUGAAUCGUCAACCUAAAGAGCUAAAAUAGAAAUUGUCUUUAUUAGGAAUAAAGAAUUAUCAUGGAAUUAUCUUUAUCAUCAACAUCGAGCAUUGUACUAGUAUAUGAUGAAAGCAAAGAUAUGAGUUCAGAACAACUGGCUGAAUAUCUUAAUGAAGAUAUAAGGAAAGUGGUGUUGCCAACUAUCAUCUUUGUUGGAAUCGAGAUGCUGCUUGGAUUUAUCGGGAAUCUUCUCGUUCUUUACGUGUUUAGCUUCCGCUACCGUGUGUGCAAUUACAAAUACUUUGUUUUAAGUCUUGCAGUAAUUGACAUUUUCACAACGGUUACUACAAUGCCUGGAGAGAUCAUUACUCAAAUUUAUUGGUACGUUUACAGUGCCCCUUUACUCUGUAAAAUGAAAUCGUUCUGUAAUGUGUUCACACUUACUGCAGAAGCAUUAUGUCUCUUAGCAAUUGCGGUGGACCGUUACAGAAAAGUAUGUCAACCAUUAGCAUGGCAAAUCAAAGCGCAACAGACAAAAUUUAUUUGUCUUAUCAUACCUCUCGUAUCAGCUUUAGUCGCUCUACCAACCCCUUUUCUUUGGGGUGAACGUACCUUAACGAAAACAUUUAAAAAUAUCACGGGGGAAGUAACAAUAUGCGAAAAGGAUGAAAAAUUCGAAACGACAAAUUAUCCUCUUAUAUAUAUAUCAUUGGUAAGCUGUGUGAUUACGUCCAUUCUGCUGUCAAUGCUUUGUAGUUAUACGUACGUUCUCGUAGCAAUUAUAAAAGAAAGGCGACUACAUAAGACUAUGAGAUUAAAACAGAACAUAGACACAAAUCCUGGUGUACUAGAGGUCAGUGAUAAAGCAACCGAUACGAGUGAUGUUGAGAAGGAAGAUGUAUCAGCUUCAAGUUCGUCACAGCAGCAACUGAAAAUUAAACAUGUUUUGACCCCAUGGAGGCUCAAUUCGACAAGGCUGGCGAGGAGAAAACGAGUGCGUAGCAAAACGAUGAUAAUGUUUAGUGUUACUUUGGCUUUUAUCGUUACAACCAUUGUUUACUUAAUUUUGGUCUCAAUUAUCGCCAGCUCGGACGAUAUUCUACAAACAUUAAGCGAUGUUAAGAAGGCAGUGUAUUUCUUUUUCUUGCGUCUAUAUUUUAUUAAUCACGUGAUCAAUCCGUUUAUUUAUGGUGUAAUGGAUCCAAAAUUUAAAGAAUCUUUGAUGUUGAUUAUAAACAGAAUUACAUCAAGAGUAUAGCUUUAUUUCUAAACUAAUGUUAGAAUUAAGGUGAAAUUGACAGAGUGUGUGAACGAGGAGUAAUAUUUUGUUAUAUAUUUGUAUGAACUUAUGUUAGAAUAAAGGUGAAAAACAUUGUGUGUACGAGAACUCAUAUUUUGGUACAUGUAUAUGUGUGUAUUGAACUUGUAAUAACGUUAGAUUUUAGGUAAACUUGACAGUGUGUGAACGAGGGCACAUAUUUUGUUAUAUGUGUGUAUUGAACUUAUGUAGAAUUAAGGUAAUUUUGACUGUGUGAACGAGGACACAUAUUUUGUUAUAUGUGUGUAUUGAACUUAUGCUAGAAUUAAGGUAAUUUUGACAGUCUGUGUUCGAUCAAGGACUCAUCUUUUGGUUUAUGUGUGUAUAUUGAGCCCAUGUUAGAAUUAAGGUGAAAUUGAUAGGGUGUGUACGAUCGAAGGCACAUAUUUUGUUGUAUUAGUGUAUUAUAUUUAUAUUAUAAUUAAGGUGAAAUUGACUGCGUGUGUACGGGGAGGUAUUUGCAGGUAUAUAUGGUAUAUAAAUGCAAUUUGAACUGUAUAUACAAAAUGUAACAGAAAUGGACAAACAAAACAUAUUCAUACUGUAUAUAAAUUUUUAAAUACAUGAUAUUCAAAGCAAAGAUGUUUCGUUAA